UUAAGCGCUUUAUUCUUUCGCUGUUUCAGCUUUCGUGGCCAUUAAUGUACUAAUCACACCCAGGAACAAAGGCUGGGUUUAAGUAAUCCAUUAUCUCCGAUGCUAAAGCCGGGUUAAACCUGUGGACAUGGUGUCUAUGCGUUACCUCACUCUGACCUCAGCUCACCGGGGCUUUUCUUUUCACACCGACCCACGCACACGCACGCACGCACACGGACGCGCACGUACUCUCUCUGGCUCCCAGCGUGACGUACACCCCAGAGCCCGGUUAGCUAGCUUCUAAGCUAGUUAGCUCGUUGUUGUUACUAGUUAAUUAACCGGGUUCACCUGAAUCGGUCAGAGUUAGCUGUUGGCUUCGGUCAUGGACGACGAAAGCUACCCCAAGACCCUGUAUGUGGGAAACCUCUCCAGGGAUGUAACAGAGAUUUUGAUUCUGCAACUUUUCACCCAGAUUGGGCCUUGCAAAAGUUGUAAAAUGAUCACAGAGCAUACAAGCAAUGACCCCUAUUGCUUCGUGGAGUUCUUUGAACACAGAGAUGCUGCUGCAGCUCUUGCAGCCAUGAACGGGAGGAAGAUAUUAGGAAAGGAGGUCAAAGUCAACUGGGCCACCACUCCAAGUAGCCAGAAGAAAGACACAUCCAAUCACUUCCAUGUUUUCGUGGGAGAUCUGAGCCCUGAGAUCACCACCGAGGAUGUCAAGGCUGCAUUUGCGCCUUUUGGGAAAAUCUCGGAUGCCCGUGUUGUGAAGGACAUGACGACAGGCAAAUCAAAGGGGUAUGGAUUUGUGUCCUUCUACAACAAACUGGAUGCAGAGAAUUCCAUCAUUAACAUGGGGGGGCAGUGGCUUGGAGGACGCCAAAUCAGGACCAACUGGGCAACACGUAAACCACCAGCUCCAAAGAGUGUCCCGGACAAUGGGUCAAAGCAGCUGAGGUUCGAUGACGUACUGACUCAGUCCAGUCCACAGAACUGUACUGUGUACUGUGGAGGGAUCCAGUCAGGGCUAUCAGAACACCUGAUGCGCCAGACCUUCUCCCCGUUUGGUCAAAUAAUGGAAAUCAGAGUUUUCCCAGAGAAAGGAUACUCUUUCAUCAGGUUUUCCUCCCAUGACAGUGCUGCCCAUGCCAUUGUUUCAGUAAAUGGCACAGCCAUUGAAGGACACCUAGUGAAAUGCUUCUGGGGCAAAGAAUCUCCUGACAUAGCAAAGAAUCCACAGCAGGUUGAGUACGGUCAGUGGGGGCAGUGGAACCAGGUCUAUGGGAAUCCGCAGCCACAGCAGCAGCAGCAGCAGCAGCAGCAGCAGCAGCAGCAGCAGCAGCAGCAGCAGUACGGGCAGUAUGUGACCAAUGGGUGGCAAGUUCCCUCCUACAGCAUGUACGGCCAGACGUGGAACCAGCAAGGAUUUGGAGUAGAGCAGUCCCAGUCACCAGCCUGGGUGGAAGGCUUUGGAUCCCAGUCAGGCCAGGCGGCAGCUCCAUCUGGUCAAGUCAUGUCCAACCUGGCCAACUUUAGCAUGGCUGGCUACCAAACACAGUGAGCCGGCCCUAACAUAAGUGUAGUACCAAGAGGAUUUUGUCAACCAUUUUAGACCACACAGCACUCUUUCAUCUGAUGCUGUGUUUGAAGAAGGGCAGGGGCCGUAUUCACAAAGCCUUUGUAGCUAAUAGUUGCUCCUAAACAAACAGUUUAACAAGUAUGUUUUAAAUGUCCAUUUCACUCAGAACUUUAAAAAUGGUUUAUAUGAUCAUAGUUCUGUUAUGGAAAAGUGCUCUUGGGCUUCUGAAGUAAAGCCAAACCAACUGUCUUUGUCUCAGUGGAUGUUAAAGGACACGACAACCUUAUGAAUUGCUCACUGGAACAUGACAUUGAUUGAAAUCAACCUUUAAACUUUAUAAAAUUCACAUUUAAUUAUCAUACUUAAGCAAUAUCCAUUCACAAUAUGCCAAUAUGUUUUGGUUUUUUUUAUAUUUCAGUGUUUAUUAAAGACUUGUCGUUACGUUAAUUUACAUGUCAUACUUUCACUGCAUUUUUCUUUUUCAAUUUAGACAACAGAAUACAAAACUCCCCUCGAGUCUUCAUGCAUUGAUUACGUUCAUUUUUGUGAAAUAGGUUGGUUUGUAAAAUGGCAUCAGUGGUGAUCGGUCAUGAAUUUGUGCCACAAACUGCACUGAACCAUAAGAUGAGCAAACCUGUUGGAAGUUGGUCUGGGCUUAGCUUCAGCUCAUAGCUAGAAGUUUAGUGAUAAAUGCUUUGUGAAUAGAGGCCCUGGAACGAUGGUUACCUUUCAGUAUAUUUGAUGAAACUAUUUGUAUAAACAACUGUGGCUUUAAAGGAGAUUUAAACGAGAUGCUGUAUCUCUUUGGUAAAUUGUGUACAAAGAAAAUCACACACCUAAAAGCAAAAAAUUGUUUUUUUUUCUGAUUUUGUAUCGGACUAAUCAGGACGUUAUUUUCAGACUUUUGAUGGAUUAUAGUUUACACCUUAUUUUAACCUAUCUUUGAAUUAUUUAUAAUCCUGUAUCUCAAAGUAAAGGCUUUAGCACAUGCCCCGUAUAUAAAGAAAGUAUUGUAAAAAGCUUAACUCAAAAUCUUUGUAAAGUUAACUGACUGCUGAUUCUGGGGGCUGGUUUCCUGGAAAAAUAAUGAAUCUUUCGUAUUUCUUCCCUCCUCUCGAUAACUCUUUUCAUUUAUAGUUAAGGCUUUUUAAUGGCUGUUAGUUUUUACAAAGAACAUUGAACUUAACUUAGCACCUGAACCAGCCCCUAAUGGUUUUUGCUUCACAUUUUACAACCAUCAAAAUAAUUUUGUCACUUACUUAUGCAAAGACAAAUUGUCCAAUGUUUUAGGCUUACUGAUGGGGGACAGAUUUAUUUUAAGAGUGUAGAAGGUUUGCUAAAUAUAUAAUUGAUUUUUCAGGGCAGCAGGCACUUUUUGCCCCUUUAGUGCUUUCUGGAUUUUCUCAGUAUUUGCAGAAUAUUUCCAUAUAUUCCAGGUAAAGUAUUUUUAACUAAUCACUGGCAAAUUGUGACAAAAGGAUUUGUAGGAGAUGUCCUGCCAUUUGGAUUUAAUUUGCGUAUGUGCCAUUCUGUACAGUAUAUUACACUCCUUGUAAGAUCACUCUCCUUUUCCUUUUGACCAACCAGAUCAUGUUUCUGUUUGUCUCUUUGUUAAACCUGGGGGAUGUUUGUGUAACAAAACAGGGUCAUGUUGGCCGAGAGUGUAAAUACCAACCUUAAUCACAAAUCUUCAUGAAACUUAAGAAAUAAUGUACAUACUGUAGGUAGAAAUGCCAUCAUCGAAUUUCAGCAAUAUGAUUGAUGAAUAAGCCUUAAUUGAUGUGUCAGUAAAUUCAAACUUUCUGUUAUUUACAGAGGCUCUAUUACAAACCUAAAUUCUUUUCCAUUGUGGAUUUCCCCAUUUUUAAGUUUGUGUGCCAUUUUUUCCGAACGCAGCAGUAAGAAGGUGAUGUUUCAGCUUGAACUGCACGCUUAUGACAUGUAAUACAUUUGUUGCUUAAAAUAUUGAAUGUAAUGACAAUUUGCUUUUAUGACAAUAAUACAUAUAAGUUGAACAAUAUAAAUGAUGUUUAAUAGUAAAGGAUGAAAUAAAUUUUCCAUUAAAACAGGAAAACUCAUUAAGUGACUUCAAAUAAAGAAACGUUUGAACCUGUUUGUUCAGUACAUUUAUUAGACACUAAUUGAUUGUU